GGACAACUAGCAUCGCAGACGCGACCUCGCCUAUCCAUGUUUCUUUCUAUAAGCUUCGAUUUUCUUCCCUAUCAAAAAUUCCUCUCACCGACUCCACGUCGCCUGCGUAAGAUAGGAGGGGAAGGGAUAAGGUUUGUGCCGAGACUUACAUUUUGGGAAGAUCGCAACCUUUUCUGACGGUUCUCGACAAACCAUGGCUUGGAUGCGCCUCAUCGCACAGGUCUCAAGGCAUCAACCAGAGCUGAGGCAAUUUAAAGGUUUGCUUAUCAAUACUUAUUCUCCUGUUAGCAAGUUUGGACUUCAAGGGAAUGGGCUUCUAAAUGCCCAACGGAGGUUCCAGUCGAGCUAUGUUGGCAGUUUCACUCGCAGGGUGCGUGAUGCAGAUGAAGCUACCGAAGUUUCCUAUCUUAAAGAACUUUACCAUCGAAAUGAUCCAGAGGAGGUGAUAAGACUAUUUGAAAGUCAGCCAUCACUGCAUUCAAACCCUUCAGCACUUUCUGAAUAUGUUAAAGCCUUGGUAAGGGUGAAUAGGCUAGAUGACAGUGAGUUGCUGAAGACCUUACAGAGAGGUCUUGCCAACGUUGCAAGAAAUGAAGAUAGUGUAGGAGGCCUUGCCGCUUUUAAGAAUAUGGGGAAACCCACGAAGGGUGGGAUUCUUGGAACUGUUGAUACUCCAAUUCAUAUGGUGGCUUCAGAAGGAAGUAAUUUUAAAGAGCAGCUGUGGCGUACAGUUCGCUAUAUAGCACUAUCAUUUCUGGUGAUAUCUGGUAUAGGAGCGCUUAUUGAGGAUAGAGGGAUCGGUAAAGGACUUGGUCUAAAAUUGAAUGAAGAGGUGCAACCUAGCAUGGAAUCCAAUACAAAAUUUAGUGAUGUUAAGGGUGUUGAUGAAGCAAAGGCUGAGCUGGAAGAAAUUGUCCACUAUCUCCGAGAUCCUAAGCGGUUCACUCGUUUGGGUGGCAAGCUUCCAAAAGGUGUCUUGCUCGUAGGCCCACCUGGCACUGGGAAGACCAUGUUAGCCAGAGCCAUUGCUGGAGAAGCCGGAGUUCCUUUCUUUUCGUGCAGUGGCAGUGAGUUUGAGGAGAUGUUUGUUGGAGUUGGAGCUCGGAGGGUGAGAGAUCUUUUCUCUGCUGCAAAGAAGCAAUCACCUUGUAUAAUAUUUAUUGAUGAGAUAGAUGCCAUAGGAGGAAGCCGUAAUCCGAAGGACCAGCAAUACAUGAAGAUGACUUUGAACCAGUUGCUUGUGGAACUGGAUGGAUUUAAGCAGAAUGAGGGCAUCAUUGUCAUAGCUGCUACAAAUUUUCCAGAAUCACUGGACAAAGCUCUGGUGAGACCUGGGCGGUUUGACCGCCAUAUUGUUGUUCCUAAUCCUGAUGUAGAAGGGCGGAGACAGAUUUUGGAAUCCCACAUGUCAAAGGUAUUGAAGGGAGAUGAUAUUGAUUUGAUGAUCAUUGCAAGAGGGACUCCUGGGUUUUCAGGUGCUGAUCUUGCGAAUCUAAUUAACAUUGGCGCUCUGAAGGCUGCAAUGGAUGGUGCUAAAGCAGUAACGAUGGCUGACCUAGAGUAUGCGAAGGACAAGAUCAUGAUGGGAAGUGAACGCAAGUCUGCUGUCAUCUCAGAUGAGUCACGGAGGCUCACAGCUUUCCAUGAGGGUGGCCACGCUCUUGUGGCUAUCCACACUGAUGGGGCGCUCCCAGUUCACAAAGCAACAAUAGUUCCCAGAGGAAUUUCCCUUGGCAUGGUUGCCCAACUGCCUGAGAAGGACGAGACAAGUGUUUCCCGGAAGCAGAUGCUUGCCCGGCUUGAUGUUUGCAUGGGGGGUCGGGUUGCUGAAGAGCUCAUCUUCGGUGAGAAUGAAGUUACCUCAGGUGCGUCCUCUGAUCUCCAGCAGGCUACUAAUCUUGCGAGAGCCAUGGUUACCAAGUAUGGCAUGAGUAGAGAAAUUGGGCCUGUCGCUCACAACUAUGAUGAAAAUGGAAAGAGCAUGAGCACUGAGACUCGGCUUCUUAUAGAGAAAGAGGUGCAGCACUUGCUAGAAAGGGCAUACAAUAAUGCAAAAACCAUUCUUACCACACAUAGCAAGGAGCAUCAUGCACUUGCAAAUGCUUUGCUUGAGCUCGAGACACUUAGUGGAAGUCAGAUCAAGGAUCUACUUGCCCAAGUCAACUCACAGAAACAGAUGCAACCACAACAUCAACAGGUAGUUGCAUCUCAGAGCGGUUCACAGUCGAACCCGGUGCCUCCCUCAACUGCUAAUCCAGCUGGCGCUGCCGCCGCCGCCGCAGUAGCUGCUGCAACAGCAGCAGCCAAAUCCACAGGCAUUGCUCCUGUUGGGUCUUAGCAUGAAUGAGGUCGGUAAGUGGUAACACCUUUUGAUUAAGUGGUCGUUUAACUCCUAUUUGCAUGCAGUUGUUGAUCUAGGAAGUCUGUCUCUAUGAAAGGAUUGUAAUUAAUUGCUGCCAGUAAGGUUCUAUAUAAGUUCUACAAUUGAGUUCUAAAUUGGCCAAGAAAGCUGUCCAUGAAAUUCGCGGCACUAGCAGAACCAUUCGGGGUCUAGAUGUUAUUUUUAGCGGACUGGGAAUUUUCCAAAAUUGUUGGUUUGUUUACACUUUACAGUCAUUUUUGGUUCGUUGUAUCUUUGUUCUUGGCUGCUUUGGUUUAAAGAAUAAUGUGACAUUGAUUUUUAUUAGAGCUGGAAAUGAUAGUUGCUUCGCCCCCUUUAUUUCU